UGCAAAACGCAGCUUAAACCCUGCUGCAAUUCUCUUGCAACUCAGCAGAGUAGAAAGCGAAAAUGGGGGAAAACGAUUUGUGGGACGAUUCAGCCCUCGUUAAUGCGUUCAACGAUGCCGUAUCCAAGUACAAGAUUAUGCAUAGUAAAGGAGCUAAAGUGAGCAGCAAAGAGGAGAAUGUGACAGCUCCUGACGACGGAAGCAAUGAGCUUAAAAGCAAAGGGGAGGGAGAUGAUAACAGCAAAGCUGCACCAGAUACCACUACAGAAAUGGGGGAUGCAAGCAGCCUUCCACCAGUAAAAGAAAAUUCCUCUUUUGAGGCAGUUACUCCUGAAAACCAUACUGGUCAACUGAGUGAGCAAAACACCCAGGAUAAGGCCAUAGAGAACAGCAGUUCACAGAGUUUAGAAGAUUACAACCAGUUACUCUACAAAUAUUAUGAACUUGAGGAUCAAAGGCAAAAGAUUUUGCAGCAACUUAACCAGUUUGGCAUCUGGGGUGAUCAAAAUUCUGGUUCUGCUUCUCAAGAAUAUCAAGCUUAUGCAUCACAUAAUUUAAAUCCAACAGAAUCUUCUUUCUACUGCCCAUAUGGAUGCCAAAGUUGGGUGUCUCCAUGCACUGCAUCACCUUGUUGUUUGGGUGUAAAUCAGGAUGACAAACCAUGCGAUGCUUCUUUGCGAUGUGUUCAAGAAAAGAAAUCAUCUCCUCAAAACCCUAAUUUGGUUGAUACAGCAAUGGGAGCUGCAGAAAAAGCACUCUCCUCUUUAAAGCAAGCUUCUAACACGGCUUCACUGAAUUCAUUUGCAAAGGAAGGAAAACAAAUAGCGAUGAUGAACCCUGUUGCUGCAGAGAAAACUGCCGGCUUGGAGACGGAUCUAGCGGAAGUGCUGAAUGCAUGGUACUCUGCUGGCUUUUACACUGGAAAGUAUCUUUCAGAGCAAUCCAAGAAGAGAGAUGGUUAGCGUCGUAGUGAUUCAGUUGAAACUCAAAUGUGUUGUCAAUUCGACAGAGAAAAAAAUCAUGUAUUAAUGUUUGUGCACUAGAAUUCAAAGCUGUGAUGUAAAACUAGAUUUUGUACAGCAUUCCUGGUAGGUUGAUUUUUCGAAAUAUUGACAAAAC